CAGAGUCCUACCCUGGCCGGCAUACUCACCUGAAUAUGAACUCCAUUGAGGAGUUGUGGUACCUGAUCUCCAAACGCCUGGAAAAGCGAGCUGGGUUUGCAAAAGACCUGGAUGAACUAUGGGAAUGGAUGUUGGAGGACUGGGAAAAGAUUCUGCUCGAAUACCUCCGGAAGCUCAUUGAAUCGAUGCCCCAGAGGGUGAAGGACCUUUACGAUGUAAAAGGGGGUCAUACAAGGCAUUCAGGUUUACUUGCGAGGGUAAGGAGGGGGUGUUCGAGGAGCCCGUGGAGCACUCAGGAAGGACCCCCGCGACUACUAUAGUUAGGG